AUGUGCAGCCUUAAUUACAGAUGCCAAAGGGAGUCCAAGAUGAAACUACCUGUCCUCUUGGUCCUUGUGACGUGCACGGUAUUCAGCACAAACAUCAAGCUGGUAUCUAAGAGGAAUUCAGUGGAUGGUUGUAUUGACUGGUUAGUGGAUCUCAAGAGAUACAUGUCUCUGGCCGGCGAGCCAAUCCGAGUGAAAUGCGCCCUUUUCUACAGCUACAUCCGAACUAACUACAGCAUGGCUCAAAGCACAGGACUUCGGCUCAUGUGGUACAAAAACAAAGGAGACAUGGAAGAGCCCAUUAUCUUCUCUGAAGUGAGGAUGAGCAAAGACGAAGACUCGAUUUGGUUUCAUGCAGCAGAGGUCCAGGACAGCGGGUUCUACACCUGCGUGCUAAGAAACUCAACAUACUGCAUGAAGGUGUCGAUGUCCUUGACCGUUGCCGAAAAUGAAUCGGGGCUUUGCUACAACAGCACAAUUCGCUACUUAGAAAAAUCAGAAAUCACUAGAACAAAGAUCAUUUCCUGCCCUGAUAUUGAGGAUUAUAAAACUGGAAACCGAGAACCAGACGUCAUAUGGUACAAGGAGUGUAAGCCAAAAAUGUGGAGAAGUAUAGUUGUUCAGAAAGAAAACACUCUUUUAAUUCAAGAUGUUCAAGAAGAGGAUGGUGGAAAUUACACUUGUGAACUAAAAUUUGAAGGAAAGCUAAUAAGACGAACUACUGAGCUCAAAGUUACAGCUUUAGUUACGAAGAGGCCUCCCCAGCCUUUGUACCCUGUGGAGAACCAGACAAGCAUCUUGGAGGUCCAGCUGGGUCAGCCACUCACUGUAGCCUGCAAAGCAUUUUUUGGGUUUAGUGGAGAGUCUGGUCCCAUGAUCUACUGGACACGUGGAGAGAGAUUCAUUGAAGAACUUGAAAAUCACAUUAAAGAAGGUGAAAUCAGGCUCCUCAAAGAGCAUCUCGGAGAAAAAAUAGUGGAGUUAACUUUAAUCUUUGACAUCUUGAAGGAGGCAGACCUGGCCAACUACACCUGCCACGUAGAAAACAGGAAUGGGAGGAAACACGCCAGCGUCAUUCUGCGUAAAAAAGACCUAAUCUCCAAAAUCGAACUUGCUGGAGGUUUGGGAGCCAUCCUUGUCUUGCUGGUUUUGCUGGUAACUAUCUACAAAUGCUACAACGUAGAGCUGAUGCUGUGUUACAGACAAACCUUUGGGGGCGAUGAAGCAACGGACGACAACAAGGAAUACGACGCGUAUCUGUCUUACACCAAAGUGGACCCAGACACCUUGGACUGCAACAACAGUGAGGAGGAACGAUUUGCCCUGGAAAUCCUGCCAGAUGUCCUGGAGAAGCAUUAUGGAUACAAACUCUUCAUUCCAGACAGGGACCUGAUCCCUACAGGGACAUACCUUGAAGAUCUUGCAAGGUGCGUCGAACAAAGCCGCAGGGUCAUUAUCGUCCUAACGCCGGACUAUGUACUCCGAAGGGGCUGGAGCAUUUUUGAGAUGGAAAACAGACUCCACAACUUGCUUGUCAGUGGAGAAAUUAAAGUGGUUUUCAUCGAGUGCCCCGAAUUGAAAGGCAAAGUGAAUUACCAAGAAGUGGAAGCUUUAAAGCACACGAUUAAACUUUCCUCGGUAAUCCAGUGGAACGGACCAAAGAGCAGCAAGCUGAAUUCUAAGUUUUGGAAACGCCUGCUCUAUGAGAUGCCUGCCAAGAAAAAGGAGGUCCUGUCUCGGCGACAAGUCCUGGAUUCCGCCGAACAGGGCCUUUUUGGGGAUCUCCACACGGUGCCUUCCAUCGCCGUGACAGACACCUCUGCCUCGUUGGUGGCAUCGCAGGUGGACUUGGGCGAUUAUCAGCAACCGGAUCCGGUGCAGGCGAGACAUUAUUGCAGAGGAUACGAAUACGACGUGCAAUCUGCAACGUUGCCGCUCGCUGCCAUAAGCAGCAAUCACCACACUUACUGUAACAUCCCCCUGACACUCCUCAAUGGGCAGCUACCUCUGAACAGCGGCAUGAAAGACGCUCAAGAAUUUCACCGGAACAAUCCCUUGCUGCCAUUAUCCACGAGGGAGCUCAGUUUCACCAGCGAUAUAUGGUAG